GGCGGGGUGUGUGUCACUCUGUGAUCUGGAGGUGAUCGGUAGACAUGGCCGAUGUCGGACAGCCGGUGUUCCUGGGGGCGGAUGUAGUGGAGAAGUACCUGGACUACCCGACUCUGAUCCCUCUGCUGGAGAGGGCGCUCAUCAACUUCUCUAGCGGCCCCGGGGGAGGGGUGGUGCAGCCAAUCAGGAGCAUUGUGUCAGUAGCCAAGCACAGCGGGUUUUUAGGAGUCAUGCCCGCCUACAGCACCGUGGACGAUGCCCUUACAACCAAGGUAGUAACAUUUUAUGAGAAUAAAACCGCGUCUGACGUUCCAUCUCACCAGGCAACUGUUCUGUUAUUUGAACCAUCAAAUGGCAGUUUGAAGGCAGUAAUCGAUGGAAAAGUAAUCACGGAUAAAAGAACAGCUGCUGUGUCUGUAAUUGCAUCAAAGCUGCUGAAGCCUUCGCCUGCUGAAGUGCUCUGCAUUCUGGGCUCUGGAGCUCAAGCACGGAGUCAUUACCAAGCCUUUACACAGCAGUUUUCUUUCAAAGAGGUCAGGAUUUGGAGUCGCACAAGAGAAAAUGCUGAAAAAUUUGCAAAUGCUGUGGAAGGAAGCGUACGCGUGUGUUCAACCCCGCAGGAAGCAGUGACUGGUGCUGAUGUAAUUGUCACAGCUAUGAUGUCCACUGAGCCUGUUCUGUAUGGUGACUGGGUCAAGCCGGGUGCACAUAUCAAUGCUCUCGGAGCUUGUAGGCCUGACUGGAGGGAGCUGGAUGACCUGCUCAUGAGGAACUCUGUGCUAUACGUGGAUUCCAAGGAUGCUGCUCAGAAGGAGUCUGGAGAUAUAGUUCUAUCUGGGGCAUCUAUUUACGCUGAAAUUGGUGAAAUACUGAAAGGAACCAAACCUGUUCUUGCAGGGAAAACAACAGUUUUUAAGUCAGUAGGCAUGGCCAUUGAAGACACGGUGUCGGCAAAACUUGUCUAUGAUUGCUGGGUGCAAAGUAACACCAAUAUAUAAAGACACAUUUCUCAAAUUCCAGGAAAAAUUUGCUGUUGAAAAGCCCUGUUGGUAACUCCUAUUCUGGAUUAAUUCUGCUUCAUAUACUAAAUGAAAUAUUGAGAAAAAAUUCCCAAACUAUUAUAUUAAAAACAUUCAAAUCUAGAAACUUCAGCGCAAUUAUGUGUGACCCUCCUAAGUGUGUCUGUAAAUAAAUAAAUAAAAUAAAACAAUAAUAAACUAUA